CAGGGCAAAGUAUGGUGUGCAGGCCCACCUGAUGCUUGAGGUGUUUUUCACGUUGCGAGAGGUCCUAAGGACAGUGAAUGAUUUUAGGAUAGAAUUGAGACUUGCGCUAGACAUAGAAUUUUAGGAUAGAGUUUCGUUAUUUCGGAGGAUGUUUUAUUCUCUUUUAGCACAGUCAUUUACUGGAUCCAUAUUUAUCCUGCUUGGUAGAAGGAAGGGCCUCGAGUUGCGUUGAAGCUGCGUGCCCCAUGGCGUUGGGCGGAUGGCGAAGUGCGCUACGACUUGCAUUGCUCGGAUGGCUUGUACUUCCAGCCAUGGGAUUGGAUUGGGUGGUGGCCAGCUUGUACAAUGGGACUGACUCAUGUGACGCCAACUUGUUAGUCGAGAAUUAUCAACUCAAUGAUCCAGUGGACAUUUGCAGCGGAUGGAGGAGGUCGUAUCAUGUCAUCAACUCGUCGUCCUUGUAUGAAGUAUCAGGUGGUUUCGCUUCCCAGCAGUGCUGCCGUGGCAUCGUAUUGCAACGACUCCGACUCCGCUGACGGUCUGUUCCAGAUGGAGAUCUCGCCCCCGGAGACCUGCAUUUCAGGUCGCAGUCUUGCCGGAGGUGGUUCUGCGAAAUGGUCCGGUGGCAAUGGGAGUGAUUUGACCUACAGCAGUUGGUCCACGUCCCCUCUUUGUGAGGCAGAUCCCGAUUCGGUGCUUCGAGGGUCAGGGAAUGAGCUGAGUUAUGGAUCCAUUUGCAGCCUUAAUCGCUACAUCGACUUGACCACCCAAGCUACUGCAGUGUCUAUGCCGGCGUGCAUCCUUGAUUCGGACUGUUCAGAUAUCCCCUUUGAAACGUCCGCAUCUUUGGCUGCAGCUGCAUGGUUAGCACCGACCGUUUUGGCCCAGAGCCUUUGGUGGUUUGUCCUUAACUUCCAGGUAGACUGAUCGACGAGAGGUGCAUCGACUUCCAAUGUCCAGCAAUGACUGCGAGGGGGGGUGAUGACUGCUUUAAAUAUGAAGCCUUUGCUUGACUGCGUUUCACAGCAUCGUAAAUGUGGCUGUGGCUCAAAGCUAAGCUGCCAUCCAAAACCACUCGGUGUUUGGAUGUGUUUGGGUCUUGC